CUGGGGCUCCAUCUCAUGACCUGUGAGAUGACCUGAGCCGAAAUCAAGAGUCGGAGGCUCAACCCGCUGAGCCACCUAGAUUCCCCCCGCCCCCACCCAGUUAAUGUUUUUUAAUCAAGGCUGUGUGAGGCACCUGAAUGUCUCAGUUGGUUAAGCUUCCUACUCUUGGAUUCCUCUCUGGUCUUUAUUUCACAGUUCAUGGGAUGGAGCCCUGUGUCAGGCUCUGUGCUGACAGCCAAGAGCCUGCUAGGGAUUCUCUCUCUCCUUUCUCUCUCCCCUUCCCCACUCUCUCACUCUCUCAAAAUAAAUAAACAUUAAAAAAAAUUAAACAAGGCUGUGUUUAUGGUUAAGGCUUUGGCAUUUCUCUCUGUGAUAGUCAUUUGACGAUAGGUUAUGCUGCUUUCUAUGAUGACUGCAGUUUACAAUGGUGAAACAUAUUCAUCAGCAUAAUAUGAUGUUUAUACAUCUUUUGGCUAUGGAAAAGAGGGUUCUAUUCCAAUCCAAGCUGACUAGGCUUUGCAGGCAUACAUUACAAAGAGAGUAGGAAGGGUUGGGUAAGACAGGAUAUAUUUCUAUUUGGUAUUAGGAUAGGAAUGUGAUUGACUGUAAAUGCAUAUAUCACCCUACUCUGAAUCUGAAAAUAAAAUUUUGAUAGAGACUUUGAAGGAGCAUCAGUUGUCUGGGAUCUGUUGUUUCAGGGGUGUUGUGAAUUCUGUCAAAAUACCUUUUAUUUUCUAGGAACAUCUCCUAAAAGUUGAUUCCAUUUGGAAAUUACUUGUAGCAAAUAAUGAUGGUAUACAUCUGGUAUCCUGACAGUUCAGAGAUAAUUGCUGUAAAAAAAUUUUUCCCUUACAACAUAAGAGAAACCACCAAUGUGCUUUAACGCUUUCAAAUGGUUAGGGUGGGGGGAAGGAUAAUGGACACUAUAGAGGAAAUUACUUUCAUUACUCUUGUAAUGCUAGUGUGACUUUUAGAAAACAAUCGACAAACACUCUUGUUUAAUAACAAUGUGACAAAUCUUUUCUUCAUUUUAGCUUACUUCACUAAAAUAGUUUCCUGGGAACAAGGGAAAGAAAACUUUUAAGACUCUUGAUAGUUUCUAAAAAAUCACUUUCCAUGCAAAAUGUAUAUUAGAUUAUUCCAUUUUUAUUAAUCUUUGCCAUUACUGGAUAUUAUCUUUUGAAACAGUUUUUCAUUCUUAGCUCAUGGCAGGGGAAUUAUUAAAGAAUCAUGGCACACUAAUUUGAUGGGGCAUUAUGCACUUAUUAAUAUGACAUUUGUGACACCUUUGUAUUAAAACAAAAAUGAUAUUUAAAUUAUGUGAAAAUGUUUAAGUUGGAAACAAACAAAACUACAGCAUUUUUCUUCUUUUUUGCAAAACUAAAACUUAAACUAAGAUAGCCUGGACAGAAUAGAAAGACUGGAAAGGAAAACCCAAAACAUUAAUGGUUACCUUAGAGACCUUUCUCAUAUUCUUCUGAAUUACCCCAGUUUUUAAAAUAGAUAAAGAUAAAGAAGGCAUAUUAUUAAAAAAGAGAAAAACACUAAAGCAAGUGUCCAGUUAUCUUAGGAAGACUAACUCAGAAUAAAGAAUGUUAAAAUAAUUUAGUACAAUUAUUGCCUCAAGUGCCUAGAAACUACACAUUGAGGCUGAGCUGUACUGGUGUGUCCUAUCAGAUUAUUAGAAGGAACCCACUGUUACUGGUAGACACAGAGCAUUUAUAAUCCCUACUCUCAAAAGCUUCCAAAGAAGAGUGUUUUGUGUUUUUAGGAGCUACACCAAGAUAAGGGACUUGAGUUCUUGACUUAAUCAUGUGUUAUCAAAGGAGAAUGCAGGCUGUUGAUGCCUAGCACAGAAUUAUUGUUUAGAAGAUGACAUUCCUAUUUGAAAAGGAUCUGAACUGGCCUGGAUCCUAGCCAACCUCUAAUCCCCCUCUCCCAACUCCUGUUGUUUUAUAAGAAUUGACCACUCUGUGGUUCAAUGCCCUUGGAUUUCAUCUGGGCACUAUUUUAGUGUUGUAAGAGACCUAAGGAAAGUCUGUGACUUUUUAUCCAAACCAGAAGUCAAGCCCUCUAACUUUCUAGAAGGAAACUUUUUAACUUUCUAUAAUUUUUUUCAUUUUGUUUUAUUGACUUAGCUACUUGAAGACCUAAUAGUUAAAGUACUAAGAUUUUUCAAUGUAAAACACACUAUCUGUACUCUAAAUUCUCAUUAGAGGAAACAGUCCUAUCAUCCACUCCAGGUCUUCUAAAGAUAUCAACUAAGACAACUGAUACUGUACAAAAAUGAAUGGACCUGCUAACUCUCAAUUUAUGGAUUUUAUACUGUAAUAUUCAACUAAUAUGCCACAUGAAAGAUAUAUUAUUUUAGCUUACAAAGAGAAGAGAAAGUUGCCUGUGAUGUCCUAGUAUGAGGCCCUUCAUAUAAUUUUUAUCAUUUAAUCUUCAAAAUAAGCCAAAUGUUAUUAUGGAUUUUACCAAUUAGGAAAUUAGUUUGAAAUUUCAAAGGUUAAGUACCAUGAUCACUGUCUUCUUUUAAAAUUCUUAUUUAAAUUCUAGUGAGUUAACAUAUAGUGUAAUACUAGUUUUGGCUGUGCAAUUUAGGGAUUCAAUGCUUCCAUACAACACCCUGUUUUCAAUAUCUUAUAGUUGUUAAAUACCAGAAGUAUGAUUUAAAUCCUUAUCUUCAUGAUUCCCAAGUCAAUUUUUAGCACUAUAGUACAUUUACUUAUUGAUAAAAUUUCUUCAUAUAAAACCACUGUUUAAUAUGACAUACUUAACUUUCAAGCAUCCAAAUGAUAAAAAUACACAUAAAAUAUAUCGAAAUCCUUGGAAAGCAUUGAAGGCAUUUAUUGUCUUCCACUUAUGAAGACACUAUCCACAAAAAUGAAUUAAAAUUUUAAAAAAUAGCCAAAAAUCCUUUCUAAUGGUCUAGUAUGGACAAUUAAGAUGUAGGGUGGUAGAAUUGAUUUGUUACAUAAGUGGGAAGUAAAAGAAUUAAUAUUUCUUCUUUUGCCUUGGACCCCUAUAGCUAAAUUAACACCUAUAAUUACUUUAGCCCCCUGUUACACAUGUUUUGUUUGUAAUCCUGUUUUUACCAUAAACACUUUUAAUUACAAGUUUCCUCAAACCCUUACUGAGCAUAUUUAUGUGUGAUUAAUAUAUAAAUUAUUGUGGGCUCUUUCUCGAGAUAAUUUUUAUUUAAGAUUUUAGUGAACUAUAUACUUGAAUACAGUAGCUUUUCACCUAUUAUUUAUAAGGGUCUGUUGUAUUACAGGCAACUUUCUCUUCCUCACUACCCUCUUUGUGCUAUUUGGGGAUUUUUAAAGAAAUUUAAAUAAUAUCCUGCUCUUGAUGUUGUCCCACCAGCAAUGAUCACCUCAACAAAAUAAACUCGUUAUAUUUAUUGAUAGGAUGUUUUCCUUUGGAAAUGAUUUGAGUAAAACUUUUCUCUUUAUCUUACCUCCUGACUAUGUUUUAAAGUCAUUCUCACCAUUCCAUUCUAUUAAGUAAUAGAAAACAUUUCCAGGGAUUUGAAUUCCUUUUGCAUUUUUCAGAUGAAACCAGAAGAUUCUCACUUUGAAAGAUGUUUGUUCUCCUUCCCAAAAAGAAAUGUGAGAAAGAAUUGCUACAACCAGGCAAUUGGUCUUCACAUGGAUUUUCCUAAGAACGUGUCAAGGAAAGGAAACAUUAAAAAUAAGGACCCAUGAUGCAGCUCUGGUUUCCCAGUAUUUGUGCUAAAGUUGAUGCUUACUCGAGAGAUUCAGAUUCACUCGGAAGUUAAUUUAGCACUUAUUUUUACAAACUUCUUCAAUCCCUAAGGUUGUGAAUCAGAAACAGGAUUCUCUAGAGAUCAAAAUCCCUGACUCCCGCACAUUCUAAAGACCCAAUUAUCUUCACUUAAAGAGAAUCUUCCCCAGCCAUACAUUUCUUGGAGUAUUCAUUGAAUAUGACUGUAUUUGAUGGCUUCUACAGAAGCUGGGGUUGGAAUCAGAAUAUGUCCAAAAGGUCUCAGAAGAGUUAACCUUUUACCAAAAAAUUUUUUUUUAUUCCACAGAUAACACCAGGUCAAUCCUAAAAUACUCCUAAAUAGUCCUUCCACCUCUUUAAAGUCUUUUUAUCUUUCAUAUUUUUGUUAGUUCUAGACCAUGCACUACACAUUUUUUCUUUAUACCAGUAUAAUCAUAGUAUAUAAUUAGUAUUUGCCACUUUAUAGCAAUGUUUUUGUGAUUUUUUUAGUCUUUAUAAUAUUCCUUUUUAACAUUUGAAGAGUCUUUAAUCAAGUGGAAUUAGUGUAAUCUAGCCUAUAAUUUUAAUAGUAUUGGAUAGUUUAAUUUGUCUCAAAUUCAUGAGAUUUUGAUAUAAUGACCAUUGGUAUCUAUGUGUUAGGCUAACUAAUCUGCUUUUCCUUCUUCUGAAAAGCAGGUGUCACCAUGAACACAGCCACUCAGGGACGCACUCCUAGAAGAGUGAAUCAUCUCCUCACUGUGUGUGCCAGAUUUUGUUCAGAUUGCUGUUUCUGUGCCAUCUGUCCCUGGAUUGUUUUCCUGCCUUCUCUCCAGGAGCAGUGCAGUACCCUCUGGGCUCUAUCCUAGCCAAGCCUGCUGACCUUCAAAACUCUGGGCUUUAAGGCCCAUUGGAUUUUCUCCAAUAACUAUGGAUACAUAUGAAAAACAGAAAAUGUAAUUUUAAAAGAGAGGAAAAAAUUGAGACCACAAGGCCUGUGACAUUAUGGUUCCUCAGCGGUGAUACCUUCAGAUAUUCAUCAACCUCAUGGAAAAUUUUGUACAAUUGGCUGCAAAUAGAAGAUCAAGCAAAACAAUCUGCUGUGCAUUGCAACCUAGGAGGUGAAUCAAUCUUCCAUUUAGAGGUAAGAAAAAGUACAAUGGAAUGGGAAAAUCAAACCAUUCUGGUGGAAUUCUUUCUCAAGGGGCUUUCUGAUUACCCAAGGCUUGAGCUACUCUUUUUUGCACUAAUCUUAAUAAUGUAUGUUGUCAUCCUUCUGGGCAAUGGCACCCUUAUUUUAAUCAGCAUCUGGGACCCCCACCUUCACACCCCUAUGUACUUCUUCCUGGGGAACCUCUCCUUCUUGGACAUCUGCUACACCACCACCUCCAUUCCCUCCACUCUGGUAAACUUCCUCUCAGAAAGAAAGACCAUAUCCUUCUCUGGCUGUGCAAUACAGAUGUUCCUUGGCAUGGCCAUGGGGACAACAGAGUGUGUGCUCCUGGGCAUGAUGGCCUUUGACCGGUAUGUGGCUAUCUGCAACCCUCUAAGAUAUCCUGUCAUCAUGAGCAAGGAUUCCUAUGUGUCCAUGGCAGCUGGGUCCUGGUUUGCUGGGAUUAUCAACUCUGCAGUGCAAACUGCAUUUGUGAUACAAUUGAACUUCUGUAGGAAUAACAUCAAUCAUUUCUCUUGUGAAAUUCUGGCUGUCAUGAAACUGGCCUGUGCUGACAUCUCAGGCAAUGAAUUCAUCAUGGUUGUGGCCACAACAUUGUUCACACUGAUGCCCCUGCUUUUGAUUGUCAUAUCUUACUCAUUAAUCAUCUCUAGCAUCCUGAAGAUCCGUACUUCUGAGGGGAGAAGCAAAGCUUUCUCCACCUGCUCAGCCCACCUGAUUGUGGUGAUAAUAUUCUAUGGAACCAUUCUCUUCAUGUACAUGAAGCCCAAGUCUAAAGAGACACUUAAUUCAGAGGACUUGUAUGCCACUGACAAAUUGAUAUCCAUGUUCUAUGGAGUGAUGACUCCCAUGAUGAAUCCUUUAAUCUACAGUCUCAGAAACAAGGAUGUAAAGGAGACAGUGAAACAUCUAUUUAACAGAAGUUUCUUUAGCAAGUGAAUGGAAAAGAUGAUUGAAUUGUGAAUACAUUGGGCAUUGUUAAAGCUUUAGAAUUAUGUUGGAAUUUUGGUUACUUUUUCUUGUUUUGAACUUUCACAUAUUACUCAACAAUUUUUAUGAUGACAUACAGCAUUUCAAUAUUAUGUCAUGCUCACUAUAGAGAAUUUGCAAGAUACAGGACAUAGGAUGAAGAAAAUAAAGAGAUCACUUAUUACCCUAACUCUAGGAGAUGGCUUUCAAGUAUUUAACAAUAUAUUUUGUGUUCUGUAUAUACCUCAAUAUUGGAAUUGGGUAUUAUGUCUUUUUAUGUUCACCUUUAUACAUAGUCCUAUUUCAUACACAUCAUUUCAUCAAAUCUUUCAAAAUAAGUAAGUUCUCUGUUGUGAGAAAAACAAAACAGAAAAUCCCCCAAACUGCACCCACAUUCUCCAGUGGAGAGCCUUGUGACAUAGUUUCACAUUAAUCUCAAAAUCCUCCGAAGACUUUUGGAUACUAUUUUCUUGUUCAGUAUUUAGAAUGUUUCCUGUGGAACUAAGCAUGUGAGCAUUUGGGACUAUUGAGGGAAAUGGGUAAAUGCCUUAAGGAUGGAGCCUAUGCAAUCAAUCAGAAAGUCCUUAUUUUAUCUCCUUUUUUUUUUUGUUUCAGCUUACAUGUUAGCUCUAGCAUAAAGAAAAUUUUGCAAAAUUAAAACUGGGUUGGAAAAUCAGUCCACUGGUCUAGAAAGUAAUGUGGACAAGUGUUGGGUUAGAUGGCAUCAUAUCCAUGCCCAUUUAGAAGAAAGCAGAUUUCUUUGAUAUCCUGAGAUCAUUCCAAUGCUUUUCCAAAACUUAGAAAAAUAUCUAAGUUCUUGAUUUUUAGUGUGGACCUGCAUUGAUGUCUUGUCUCUGUUACUAAUAGCUUUGUCACCUUAGUGAUCUAAGUAGAUUUGGGGGGAUGUCACACAGGAUGUGAUAUUAUCUUGAUUUUGCUUGGCUUCCUCCUCAAAUUUUUACUCUAUCUGAAGAACAUUUCUAAUUUACAAGCCAACAGGAAUGAGAAAGUAUGUUCAUGAGUAAGCCACAUUCUAGGAAAUCCACUAGGCUGGAUAAAUUUUAUAUUGAUGGAACAAUAAAGUUAGAGGAUGUUGGGGAUUAACAUAUUUUAUAUAAGCAAAUAAGAGUUAAAUGCUUGUGGUAUUUUGAGGUGUAUUAAUGUCACUUUUCCAAGUUCAGUUUUUAAUUUUAGUGGCAGAAAUAUCAAACAGUCAUGAACUCUAUUUAAGUCCCUUUAGCUUCCAUCAUAGAUAUGGCAGAGGUUGAGACUAUUGAUGUAUUAGAAUCACACCCUAGUGAAAUAGGCUGUAAAAACCUAUUAGUGGGGUGUUUGGGUGGCUCACUUGGUUAAGCAUCAGACUCUUGAUUUCAGCUCAGGUCUUCUCUCCCACUUCCUGAGCUGGAGCCCUGCAAUGGGCUGUGUGCUGACAGCACAGAGUGUGCUUGCAAUUCUCUCUCUCCCUCUCUCUCUGCCCCUCCCCAGCUUGGGUACUCUCUCUCUCAAAAUAAAUAAACAAACAAACUUAAAAACUUAUUAGUUUCCAUACACAGACUCACAGGACUUUUAUUUCCUGAAGAAUUCCAGGUAGGUGGAAAACCUUUAGAGUUAAAAGAUUUUGUGUUUGACUCACAGGCCGUGUUCGAUAUCCAACUCUACUUUCGUUUUUUUCUCAAAGCUUAAAUCCAACUGUUUCCACAAGCUCUGGAGGAUGACUAACCUAGGGCCUAGUCUUAUAUUAGACUUACAAAUGUUUGAUAGAAACUUAAUUAAAGAAGCAGACAUUUUAUUUUAUUUUUUCAAAUAUUUUAUUAAAUUUUGAGAGAGAGAAAGAAUGAGCACAAGUGGGGGAGGAGCAGAGAGAGAGAAGGGGACA